CUCGCUCCCUGACUUCCGGGUCGCGGUGCUUGCAGGGAGGGCUCCGCGAGUAGCGUCGUUUCCGUUGCCGGCUCUUUGCAGUUGGGGAAACCGAGGCAGCUCCUGCUUCCCCCUAGUUCUUCCGCUCCUGUGAGGAAAAAUGUUUAUUUCUUUGUGGGAGUUCUUCUAUGGGCACUUUUUCCGAUUUUGGAUGAAAUGGCUCUUACGACAGAUGACUGGAAAGUGUGAAUUGCAGCGAAUUUUUGAUACCUAUGUAGGUGCACAGAGGACACACAGGAUAGAAAAUUCCUUGAGAUACUCCAAGAAUAAGGUUUUACAGAAUGCAACACGUGUUGUUGAGAGUGAAGUGGACAAGUGUGUAGAAGAUAUAAUGAAGGAAAAGAAUAUUAACCCUGCGAAGGAUUCCAGUUUUAAAAUCUGCAUGACAACAUGCUUACUGCAGAUAACUGGUUAUAAACAGCUCUAUUUGGAUGUAGAAAGUGUGAGGAAAAAGCCAUAUGAUUCUGAUAACCUGCAACAUGAAGAGCUUCUCCUGAAGCUUUGGAAUCUUCUAAUGCCAACGAAAAAGUUGAAGGCUAGAAUCUCCAAGCAGUGGGCUGACAUUGGUUUCCAGGGAGAUGAUCCCAAAACAGACUUCAGAGGCAUGGGCAUACUAGGAUUAAUCAAUCUUGUGUAUUUCAGUGAAAAUUACACCCGUGAAGCUCAUCAGAUUCUUUCCCGUUCAAAUCAUCCAAAACUAGGGUAUUCUUAUGCAAUAGUUGGAAUCAAUCUUACAGAGAUGGCUUAUAGCUUACUGAAGAGUGAAGCUUUGAAGUUUCAUCUCUACAACUUUGUUCCUGGUAUACCAACAAUGGAACACUUUCAUCAGUUUUAUUGUUAUCUCGUCUAUGAAUUUGACAAGUUUUGGUUUGAAGAAGAACCAGAAAGCAUUAUGUAUUUCAAUUUAUAUAGAGAGAAGUUUCAUGAAAAGAUUAAAGGACUCUUACUAGAUUGUAAUGUAGCACUUACUUUAAAAAUAUAAAUCAUCCAUUGUAUCUUCUAUUUCUACCACAUUUUGCACACACAACAGAAUUUAUAUGUUGUAAUAGAAAUUAUCUGAUCAAUUACACUCUUAUAUAUAUAAUUUCCUACAAAAAUAUUUCAGAAAUUCUAUUUAAGAAAGCUAGUGGACAAUCAGUGUAUGUUUACAAUUGUUUAUACACUGUUCUCCAAAGGUACCUUAUCCUUCCAAAGAUCCCCUCUGUAGAGUCAUGUGAACACUUUGGAACUUGGGACUCCCAUUAAGUGUAAAAGUAUAAAUCAGGUAUUUGUAUUAAAUCGGUUGGUUAAAAUGUGUAAAAAAUCAGUUUUAAUUGUUAUGUGUUGUAGCUAUCAAGUUGGUAUCUUUUUCAAAGCUCUUGUAAGAUUUUCUGUUUUUUAGUUUGGCUGUUUUUAAUUUUCUUCAUCUUAUUUUUAUUUCCAGGUUAAUUAACAGCAAGAGUAGUUCUUUAUGGUUUUCUUUGUUUGCAUCUCAAUCACAUGUCAUAAUGUCGCUUUAUUAGUAGCAACAAGAGCAUAGAUAUGUCAGAGAGGAUGGAGAAUCAUGGCCUCCUUUUUGGUUUCUCUGAUUAUUGAGCAUAAUAGAUAAUGGGAGAAUGGGAAUGAAUAUUGGUGACUAGCUUUUCUGUUUUUAAAUUACACACUUUAAAAUAUCACAGUAUUAUUUUAAGGCUUAAAGGCAUUUUCUCAUCUUCAGUAUCCACUAAUUGAAGGCUUACAGCUUUUCUAAGUUGUAGAAAAAAACCUUGGUUAGUGCUUGGGGUAAGGGCCUUUUAUGAGGCUUCUUUGCCUAUGUGUGUUUAUGAAAAGAGAUGUAAUUGUGAAGAAAAUCUCGAUUGCAUUCAAAAGACAGUUUCUAUUUCAAUAAAGCUGUCUUUGAGAUUUAAAAAAGGGGAAAACUUAAAGGGUUUUAAAAAUCUCAGUUAAACUUCAUUGGUUUAUUUGACUUACUGUUACCUGUUUGCUUGGCUCCAUGGUGUUUCUAGAUAAUGGCAUGUAGACUUUAUGUUAAGUCUGUGGGAUACUGAAAUAGCUUGAGGAGGAUGACUGUGUAUUUUGUAUAGCUUUAUUCUCCUAAAAUCUCAGGAGGGCAGCAAGUUUUGUCAGGGAUUAUAUAGUAAUGAGAUUCUAAUGGGAAUGGUUUCUUCUUGGUGUGUUUUAGACAUUUGUACUUAUAACAAAACUAAAAUGUAAAGAUAGGAAAGUUCAUCUGAUUACUAAAUUUUCCUUAAAUGCUACGGAAACCAACCUGUUAAAGACAUAAUUUCAUCUAAAACAUGAUAUUUAGCACAUCUUUUAAUGUGGUAUAUAUCAAGUGUUUAUGGACUGGCUUAUAUGUGACAGAGCAAGACUUGGUAUUUGCUCAUGUCAGUUGCCAAACCUUUCUCUUCAAACUUGUAAAAGUGAAGAGUGGUAAGCAAUAUCUAAUUGGAAAAUAACAGAUGCAGUGUUGUAUAGCACAUACAUUAAAGGUUCAUGCAUUAAAAUUAUUUUCUCAAUAAGAUAAAACUAUUUUUAAAAUUUGGUUCACUUUAUUAUAAUAGUGGCAAUUCAGCUUUUCAGUAUUAUAGGAAUUUAAAAAUCAGCUUCUUAUAGGGGACUUCUCAAUCUUGGGAGUAUCUUCACUUAAUUUUUAAAAAUGUUUUCAUGCGUUAUGAUCCAGCUAGAGUUUUAUGAUGUGUAGCAAAAUCCUGACGAGGAUCAGGUGUUAACUAUUAAAGUUCAUUGUAUUAAGGUAUUAACUACAACAUGUAAAGCAAUUCUGUUAGUCUUCUAAUGUUUGUAUUGAAAAUACUUAUCUUUAUAUUUUGAUCUUUAAACAGCUGAGAUCUUGGACUGAUUUAAACCUUUGUCAGUAUACUUAAUAAAAGAAUGCUUGAGUAUGGAAGGGAAAAAUUUUAAUGUAACUUAAGUUUUUCCCCUUCUAAGGAGAAAAAAAAACUAUAAUGAUGCUAAGAAAAUGUCAUUUUAAAGUUUGCUCAAUAAUAUGUUCUUUAAAUCCAUCUCUGUUUGUGCAUUAUAGAUAUCAUUGUUUUUGCUUAAAAUGAUCAGUAACUAUUUCAGAUAGUUACAUAGCAAAUUGAUCCAAAAGCCACCAAUAAAUUCUGCAGUUUGAUAGUCUAGAAGUCAAGCAAAAUGUCACCAAUGUCAAUUGUAAAUUAGAAUGAAACAUGAGCCUUCCGACUUACAUGUGAUAAUGAUAUACAUGAAAGAAAAAUAUUGUAAUUGCAUCUACCUUCCUAAUUUCCCUUACUUUCAACAUAUGUAUGUUAGAAUGUUAUGUAGUCUUAAAAUCCAUAUUUGGAAUCCUACCUGUUUCUGUAAUAAUUAGUAAAAUGCCAAAGUAGUAAUAGAAUAUUAUGGCAUUGAAGUAGCAGGAAAAUUGUUAGUUUUAGCAUUAAAAAAAUGAAUCACUGUUGAAAUGAAUUUUUAUGUGCCCAAUUGAAGAGAGUGUACCAGUGACAAUAGUAACCUAAAAAUUUAACAGUUACAGUUUAGUUCUGAAAGACAAUCUUUAAAGAAAUUGAGAAAUCAGGGGGCAUCAGUGAACCUAUAUCAACCUUUCUUUGUAUAUAAUGCGGUGAUAGAGCUAGAUAGAAAAAUCAGUGUUUUACUGGUACCAUUUACAGUUUGGAAAACAGAAUCAUUUUCUUAAAAAUGCCCAUACUGAUGUUUUUUCCUGUGUUAAGAGCUACUUGUGUUUGUAUGUAUUUUUCUAAGUGAAAAUCUAUGUACUCUUCAUUUUUAUUCCAGUGUUCAUAAUUGUUCAUGCACUCUUUCUCCCCUUUGAGAAUGUUCAGCGGAAUGAAACUUAGUCAAAGAUUUGCUCAAAGGAGAAGAAUCACGCAAGUGUGAAAAGUGUAUGUUCGUUGGCAAAACACAAAAGGUUACACAUUAUCAUGGCACGGAAGAGAGAGGAGGUUUGAUUUGAAGGGCAAUAAUAUUUAUUAGCCUUCUUGAAAUAAUAAUUGGGGACCAGCAGCUAUUUUCUCAGGAUAAAUGCUCUACUCCGCUUCCCUAUGGACAAGUGUGGGGAGGCCUAAUUUCCAUUUUCAUUUUAUGAACCUCUCGACACAGCAAUUUUUAAAUGAAGAUUAAUGGAAUUGUUAAAAAUCUGAGAGGAAUCAUGACUUAAGUUUUUUUUUCCCUGUCUUCAGCUUUCUAUGAAAAAAAAUGUAGUACAGGUAAGACUCAACUACUGUGAUAGGACAAUUCUAUGGUUAUGUUGAAGUAUUCAAAAAGUAUUUAAACAGUAGCUUUCUCUGGGAGGAAAAAGUACCAGUUGGACACUUAAAGGAAUUGAUUUUUGUCUACUUUGGAUAAAGCAGUUGACUUAUGUAAAAGCAAUGUGUAAAAUGUCAUUUUGUUUGGAAUGUUAAGUGAGCAAAUAAAAAAACACGUUGAAAUUGU